AAAGAAAAUCGCAGAAAAUAACACAUGGAAGAGAUGGAGGUUGGGCUGGAGAAAAUCAAGGGAAAAAAAAAACACGGACGGGCCGGGGACGGCCGAGCGUCGUAUAUGGGCAUUCUACUAUAGAGACAUAUGGACAUUUGGCCUAUAUAUAUAUUAUAUGUACAAUAAUUGCUUCUAUAUAUAUAUAUACACACACACAAACAGAGCCUCAUAGCUAGAAAGCAGAAACCACCAUGGAUUUUUCAUCUUCCCAAAAUCGCACAGAUGAAGACAAUUGUGCACAACUCAACCAAACGCUUUCCAUCAAUGAUCCUUAUGAUCUUUUCGACUUAACACGCCAUCCUGAUGGCACUGUCACGCGUAAACCAAGCAGACAUCCAUUGAGAUCAACCGCACCUGACCUUAGCCACCCCACUCCGGUACUCUCCAAAGACGUGACAAUCAACGAAACAAACCACACUCGGGUUCGAAUAUUCUUGCCUCGCCAUGCACUGGAAGAGGAUUCUUCCUCCUCAAAUGCUCCACUUCCUCUCAUUGUAUAUUAUUGUGGUGGAGGGUUUGUCAUAUUGUCCGCAGCCACAACAUACUGUCAUGAUAUUUGUUUCAACAUGUCAUUACAACUGUCUGCGGUUGUUGUCUCCCUCAGUUACCGUCUGGCACCGGAGCACCGCUUGCCGGCAGCCUACGAUGACGCCGUGGAAGCACUGAACUGGGUCUCAAAUACAAACGAUGAGUGGUUGAGAGAGCACGCCGAUUUUACCAAGGUGUUCAUCAUGGGAUCUAGUUCGGGCGGCAACAUAGCUUACCAUGUCGGAUUACGUGUUGCGGCUGCAGGAGUCGAUCGAUUUAAGCCGUUGAAGAUUAACGGCUUGAUAUUGCACUAUCCGUAUUUCGGUGGGGCUAAGAGAUGUGAAUCCGAAUUGAGGUUAAUAAACAACCAUCUUAUGCCUCCCUGGUUAAGUGAUCCAGCAUGGGAACUCUCAUUGCCAAUUGGAGCAGACCAAGAUCACGAGUACUGCAAUCCGAUGGUGGGGGAUGGGCCAAAAUUGUUGGAGAAGAUCAAGUUAUUGGGUUGGAAGGUAUUGCUGUCUACUUGCGAUGGGGAUUGGGCGUUUGAUCGGCAAAUUCAAGUAGCAAACAUGAUGGAAGAAAAGGGGAUCAAGGUGGAGAGGAGGAUCGUUAUAGGAGAUUACCAUGGUGACGAAGCCACAGAAUUACCUAAGCAGCAAAAACUGAUCAUUGCUUUAAAAGAUUUCGUAUUUUCUUCAAUUGCUCAACUUUCUAGCUAGUUGAUGUUUGCUUGA